GCGGUGCUGCGGGCAGGGCGGCGGUUACAACACAGUGGCAGUUGAAGGCAGUAACCCCGCCUUUGCCAGUUAAGUGGUAAUUUUAAUACACAGAAAAAGACCUGUAACUGGCAAACGGCGCAGCGCAUCCGGGCAAGGUGUGAGGAAAAGGGUCGUGGAUUUGCCUAUAACAAAGCUGAUGUGGAAGUAAAGUUACUUCAUAGCAUAGUUAAAAAAAAAAAUAAAAAAUGAGCAUGGACCGGAGUGACAUGACUGAGAAGAUUUUACACCUGACCUUAGAGAUUAUCUACCUCCUGACUGGAAAGGAUUUUGGACCGAUGAAGAAAUCAAAUAAACCUCGAAAAUUCAAAGAACAAAUUAAGACCCAGAGCCCUAUUCCAGAAUCUACUCCUCUCUCGCCAUUACACUGGAGAAAAAACGAUGAUAAGAUCCUAGAAAUAACCAACAAGAUCAUUGAGCUGCUGACUGAAGAGGUUCCUGUAAGGUGUCGGGAUGUCACCGUCUAUUUCUCCAUGGAGGAGUGGGAGUAUAUAGAAGAACACAAGGAUCAGUACAAGGACAUCAUGAUAGACCACCAGACCCCCAAAUCACCAGAUGGGUCCAGUAACAGGAAUACGCCAGAGCGAUGUCCUAGUCCUGUCUAUCUUCAGAAUUUUGUAAAAGAAGAUAAGCCGUGCCAGGACUACUCGGAGGAGAACUUCAAUAUUAUAGUUGUUGACGUUGCACCAAAAACAGAACAGGAUGAUAACAUAAAGAUUAAAGAGGAAGAUACUCUUGAUUGUUUUGACUCUGACCAUGGAUUAUUAUACAACAGUGAAUCCCAGCGUUUUCAUGAAAGAUCAGAGAGUGUAAACCAGCUUGACCAUUCAGAGCUCUCCAGCGGUCAGUCUGAUCCAGAUACACAGAACUUCAAACAAUAUGUUUGUUCCGACUGUGGGAAAUGUUUCUCUCGCCUCUCGCAUUUCACAAUCCAUCGGCGAAUUCACACAGGGGAGAAGCCAUACGUGUGUUCAGAAUGUGGAAAAAGCUUUUCUUGUAAUUCCUAUCUGGUCAAGCACCAAAGGAGCCACACUGGGGAGAAGCCUUUUGCCUGCUCAGAGUGCGGAAAGUGUUUCAAUCAGAGUUCUAAUCUCUUCAAGCACCAGAAAACUCACACUGGUGAUAAACCAUUCAUGUGCUCCCUGUGUGGGAAAUGCUUCACCCAAAAAUCCCAUCUUGUCAUCCACCAGAUUAUCCACACGGGAGAGAAAAGAUUUAACUGUCCAGAGUGUGGAAAGUGCUUCAGCAAUAAUGCCAGGCUAGUUGCUCACAUACGGGUCCACACAGGAGAAAAGCCUUUUGGAUGUUCUCUUUGCGACAAGCGCUUUACGCAGAAGUCCCAUCUGGUUAAACACCAAGUUGUUCACACUGGAGAGAAACCGUUCGGGUGUCCAGAAUGUGGAAAAUGUUUUAUUAGUAACUCACAUCUUGUGAUACACCAAAGAAUCCACACAGGAGAGAAGCCAUUUUCCUGUACAGAAUGCGGAAAGAAGUUUACCCAAAAAUCCGACCUGGUUCGCCAUGCAAAAAUUCACCAAGGAGAUAAACCAUAUUCAUGUACAACAUGUGGGAAACAAUUCCUCUGUAAGGCGUAUCUAGUCCAACAUCACAAGUCCUUCCGAGAAAGGUCCAGACUGCUAUUAUGGAAAAGCUGUUUUAGAAGGUUAAGAACAUUUUCAAGGUACAUUAUGGGCUAAGGGGUGUUCCAGUAAAAAAAUAAUAAUAAUCUAUUAUGCUGGAGGAAACACUGCAGCGCCGGUUUUAGCAUCGUCCAGCCCUCACUGCUCGUCUCUUUCUGUUUUUGAGACGAAAGGUCUCAGCAGGACCUGACCACACAGCCAAUCACUUGCUAUGACUGGAC